CUGUGGCUGUGGCUGUGGCUGUGGCUGUGGCUGAGAACGGCAGUGACCAGCAUCCGGCAGAGUCUGACAACGACUCCGAAGCCUCCGAUGACUAUUUUAUCGGCGACCUAGACAGCGGCGACACCUCAGCAGCAGCAGCCAGCAGUGGUAAAAGCAGCAAGGAUAAGCUUCUGUCAUCCAAGGAUAUUGAGCGUGCACAAAAGACCGAGAAGAAAUCCGGAGUAGUCUACAUGUCUCGUGUACCGCCAUUCAUGAAGCCCGCCAAGGUGCGGCAUCUUUUAGAGAAAUACGGGCAGAUCGGGCGCGUCUACCUCGUAGAGGAAGAGGAUAAGCGGCGCAAAAGCCGUGUGAAGAGCGGCGGCAACCGGCGCAAGCAGUUUGUCGAAGGGUGGAUAGAGUUUAAGAACAAAAAAUACGCCCGCGCCGUAGCUUCCAUGCUCAAUAAUACGCAGAUGGGCGGGAAAAAGCAUGGGUUUUACCAUGAUGAUCUGUGGAACCUCAAAUAUUUGCCCAACCAGUCGAGGAAGGAGCUGGAUGCGUAUGUGAAGAAUGUUGGUAGGGCGAAGAUGCUUGGGAGUAUGAAGGCGAAGCGGGAGGCGAAGGCGAAGAGUGGCGAGGAGGUUGUGCCGAUGAAGGAUAGGUCGAGGAAUGUUUGGCAGCGGGAUGUUGUUGUGCGCGGCAAUGGCGGCAUGGCAGCAAAUGGUGCUGGCGGGGAUGCCCUGGAUGGCGCACCAGGCAGUAAGCGCCGCAAAACCCAGGGGGAGCGCCAGGACGAUGGCGCGGCGCAGAAACGCGGGUCCAUGGCUAGUGUGCUGGAUAGGAUUUUCUGAGAUUGUAGAAUUUUUAUUCAUUUUCUUUUCUGAACGCGGGGGUUGAUUGGGAUUAACCGAUCAAAUUUCAAAUUACAAUUUUUUUAUGUGUGUU